AUGGCUCUUUGCGAAGACACUGUCGAUCGAACCGGACCAGCACCACGCCGGUCCGAGCGCGAUGCUGUGACGCUGUCAGAUCAGAGGAUUGUGGAGCUAGCGGGGAGCGGCUUGUUAGUUGCCGUGCUGGGUAUUGUGAUCCUUUCGGAGAUUGGGGGAGACGCGCCGGUCAAGAGGAUAGAGGGGCUCACCGCACUCGAGAAGGUGGUCGUUGCUUUGCGAGAUACGCAGGAGCUUGUUGUUGCGGAUGGCAGGAACUACAAUCCGAAGUCGCUGCUCGACUUCCUUCUCGUUGGCCGGCCGCUCCGUGACGGCAUCCUCCACUCCGCUAUCGUCGUGGCUCGCAAUGCGCGUUGGGUAAUGGCUUUCGUCACGGGAACUUUGGAGGACGGCGCAUGGUGCGACUUUAGCGCCUUUGGGAAAUUCGUCGUUGCGCUUUUCGUAUUGCUGUUCAUAGGCACCGGUUUCGGCGUUUCCCGGGGGCGUCACCCUGAUAGGGGUAUCGCCAUGGGUGCGUUGCUUACCGCGUUCUACUCUCUCCUCGUUGCGCUGGGUUACAUAGCGGUGAGCUUGGCUUUGGCCUGCUUGAUGAGUGUGGUGUAUCUGGAUUUCAUUGGUCCCGGGAUCAGGGCGGAGGUCAAGCAGUUGGCGAAGUGGCCGCUGGAUAAGGUGUGUGAUCCUAGGUUGGAGUGA